AGUUGGAGUGUCACUGCCACUUCCACGGAACACCUCCACUGCCGCUACCGCCACCUGCCGCCGCCUCCACCUGCUGCCAGAGAGGCAUCAUGGGCUUUGGAAAAUUCUUACCCUUCCUGGCUCUUGGCUUCUUGGUCCUGUACCAGGUGGGCAUGAUCCAGGCAGCACCAUUCAGGUCUGCCGUGGAGGACAGCUCACUCAGUGAGGAGGAAGAGGACCUCCUUCUGGCUAUCCUGGUGAAGGAGUUUAUGAAGAAGAUGGCCAGUGAGAAGGAGCAGGCUGCACUGGAUUCCAGCUUCACUAGCCAGAAGAGAUCCUGCAACACUGGCACCUGCCUGAACAAUAAGCUUGCUGUGCUCUUGAGCAAGUCUGGAAGUGCUGCCCACGCCAAGGUGCUGCCCGCUACCAUGUUCUCCCAGGGCUAAGGCCAAAGGAAGGGACCCCAGGAAGAAGAUGAUGGAAGCUGAACCCUACCCACUUCUUUAAGUUUAUCAUAAAAACAAUUGGAGAAAUACAUGAUAAACACACAUGUGCAUGCUACUUAACAUUGAAAAGACUCUGUCUUAUUCAAAAUAAAUUAAAUUUAACUG